UCAAAUUCCAUUUACUAUUAAAUUAAAAACUCAAACAUUUUAUUAAAUUAAAAAUAUGUGUUACCAUUUAAAAAAACAAAGUUGACCCCCCUCCAAGGCAUAAGGGAUGAACUUAAAAAGUAUUACAUAGUUAAAAAUUCAAGAAUAAUGUGUAACUAAAGAUAAUAAAAAAAAAAAUGUUUAAAUUAUUAUUAUUCUGCAAGUAAUUGAGUAUAAAUACGUACAUUUUUUUCUUACCACUAUGGUAUUUUAACUAUAAUUGUUGAAACCAAAAUAUUUUACCAAAUUUAAAGUGACAUGUAUAUACUACACCGAUGACAUUGCAUACUCACAAUUUUUAAAAUAUUAAUUAUUUAUACAAUAGUAGUUCUAUAAAGUCUGAGCUGGGACCCCCCCUAACCCACAUUUGUGGGUUUACCCUGUCCUAGGUGGACGGGCGGUGUAAACGGCUGUUGGUAUAUGGUGAAAGUCAUAGUCCCCUCACCCACCCACAUGAUGUGGGUUUACCCUGUCCUAGGUGGACGGGCGGUGUAAACAACCGGGAGGGGGAUAUGGUGAAAGGCAUAGUCCCCUCACCCACUCACAUGAUGUGGGUUUACCCUGUCCUAGGUGGACGGGCGGUGUAAACGGCCGGGGGGAUAUGAUGAACGGCAUAGGGCCCCCUUCCUAUGAAAGGUUAAGAGUAGAGGACUCUCUCAUGACAGUAGAUAUCACAAGUAUGGGGGGUACAUAAGAAGAGGGGCAAUGAAAAAAUGAAUAAUUUUUAGAAAUUACUUAAUAAAUUGUAAUUAAUAAGUAAUUAUAAGUUAAAAAUGUUUAAGUGGUGAAGGAAUGGGUUAGUUUACGGGGAUAUGUGAUCUGUGAUUUGCUGACCCCCCUAUGAAAAUAUGUGUUUUUUCCGCAUAAAUGAGCAUGAAAUCGUUGAUAAAGUCACAGUGUCAUCAAGAACCAUCAGCUCUAAAAAGAAGACUCUACUCUAUGAACAAUAUGGAUGCCGAACCUGUAAGAAAACAACGUUAUGUUUAUGUUGCACCGACACCGCCAGCUGAAAUGAUCGAUUCAAGCAGUUAUACAAUUUCGUUCGGCGAUAGAAAAUUUUUACAACUAGGACUGAAUCCAAAGGAGGACUUCAAUAUUACGGUAUAUAUUAUUACUCCUUCACGAUAUAUUAGCAUGUCAACAGAAUUUUUGAAUACUAUUUACGGCAUGAUGAAUGAAAUAAAUAUAUUUUUACAAUCAUCUCCGGUUAGAAACGAAAACAAUAUUUUAUGCCGAAAUGAAUGUUUCAAAUUAUCUAAAACAUUAUAUCGUGAUUCAGUACAUUUAGUAUUAGAAUCCGCGACGACCGAAGGAUGCCGUGUUUUAUUAAAUAAAGAAAACAUUCAGAUACUUAAACAAAUGGAGUGUACUAUUAAUAAUGGUAUAACAAGAAAAUUAAAAACACGUUUACUAUUAAGCCGUCAAAUAGACCGCAUUAUACAAUACGCCGAUGGUAAAUGGCCAGGACUUAGAACUCUACAAUCACCAAAUGAUGAAAUGGUUAAUUUUAUAAGAAGUUUGAACGACAUAGAAAUAGGUGACAGUAAUUACAUAAGCGAGCUGAAAAAUUUAGCAUACAAUGUAAUAGUUGAUCGAUGGGUCAAGUCAUGGUCCGAGGGCACGCUUCAAAUUAAUGAAAAAGAAGAAAUGUAUGACGAAAAUGACGGUCCGGCAUUUUUCGAUACAGCAGUGUUUACCCAAGAAAAUAGUUAUAGUCCAUGGGCUUCACAAUGGCCGAAACCCAAUCACGUCAGAAAAAUUAACUUAUAUUAAUAAUUUAUAAACAAUAACUUUAUAUAUUAUACUAGUUUCUUAUAAUAAACUUAUA